AAUACUUGUUUUAAAUGCGUUUUAUUGUAAUAAGUGCAAUAGAUGAAUUUCAAGAGUAUAAAAGGAGCUCAUAAACGAUUGGUCAAUCAUUGCAUUGAAAACGUUUACAAUAUGAAGUUUCAAUUGCUUAUCGGCUUUGUGUUGGCGUUACUCGCUGUGGCUUUCGCCAACCCUAAUCCUUUGCCAAAACCUGAGCCUUAUCCAGGAGGUGGGGGCGGCGGCGGUGGUGGAGGUGGAGGCGGUGGUGGUGGCGGCGGCGGUGGCAAGUGAAUCCCAAACCAGCCAUUAUUUGUCUACGAAUUGUUGAUGAUCUAAAAUAGUUACCUGUAAAUGCUAAACAAAUAUACAUAGACUAAGCGGUGGACGCAAAGUGAA